GCUUCCUAAGAAGUUUGAUCUUCCUGGCCCUCUGCCCAAUUUCCAUAUACAUACCAGACCCCAGCAAGCUAUUAGCCUCUUUUCUCCACUGUACUACCUGUAACUCUCACUCUUCGUCUCGCUCUCUUUUUCUCUAAUACUACCAGAUAUGAUGGCCUCAAAUCCCACAACUACAACCACAUCAAGUGGGGCAUCAGCUUCAACUUUGUUGCAAAAUUCAGGCUCAGAGGAGGAUCUCCAAAAUGUCAUGGAUCAAAGAAAAUUGAAGAGGAUGAGAUCGAACAGAGAAUCGGCGAGGCGUUCGAGGCAGCGGAAACAGAAGCACGUUGAUGAUCUCAUAGCACAAGUGGGUUUUCUUAGAAAGGAAAAUAGCCAGAUCCUCUCUAGACUAAACAUCACAACUCAACACUAUUUGAAGCUUCAAUCUGAGAAUUUAACACUGAGAUCUGAGGUCCUGGACUUAACAGCAAAGUUACACUCUCUAACCAAUACUCUCCAUUACAUUGAAGAAAUCAGUGGCCUUGUAAUGGACAUACCUCAGAUUCCUGACCCCUUGCUAAAACCAUGGCAACUUCCUUGCAUUAAUCAACCCAUCAUGGCUUCAGCUGAUAUGUUUCAGUAUUGAUAAACCCCAAGAAAAGGGGGGAAAGGGAGGGGGGGAGAGCAAUUAUGUUGGGUCUUUUAGUAUAUUAGAGUGGUGUGUUAUGCAGGUUAUGUUGUGUCAUUGGUUUGCAAGUGGGGGGUCUACAUGAGUCUUGAUAUGGUUUUCUUGUAUGUGGGUGGGAAGAGAGAAAGGAAAAAUAAAAAAGGAUUAAAUAUUUUUAUUAUCAGUGUAUAUGCCAAUGGUCUCUUGUGGAGUUUUGAAUAUAUAAUUAUGCAGUCUUUGGUGGGAUGAGAGAGAUACAAAAUGGAUUAAAAUUCUCCAAGUGGUUUGUUCUUGCAGGUCUUGUGUGGCUGUUUUGUGGAGCUUAGUAGAGAGAGACAAAGGGAGAGAGAGAGACACACAAAGGGGUUUGAUGGAAGUGAAUGAGCCAUGCCAUGUGUGUGAUAAAUCAAAUGCAUGUGUAGAGUAUUCUGGGGCUCAUUAUAUACAUCAUGAAAAUUGUCUCUUUUCCUUAUUUAAACAAUAAAAAAUAAUAUUUAGGAA